ACCGGGGCCAAGUACAAGAUCGAGGUGUCCCUCCGGCCCGGCACCGUCCAGGCCACCACAAUGGCCAUUGGGGGUGUCAAUGUCCCACUGGAAGAGAAAUCAAGGGAUAUACAGGUGGCCUCUUACACAGGGAUCUACGACACAGAAGGGGUGACCCAUACGAAGAGCGGGGAGAGACAGCCCAUCCAGGUCAACAUGCAGUUUAAAGACAUUGGUCUUUUUGAAACAGUCUGGCAAGUCAAAUUCUACAACUACCACAAACGAGAUCAUUGCCAAUGGGGAAACAGUUUUGGUAGCAUUGAGUAUGAAUGCAAACCAAAUGAAACACGCAGUCUUAUGUGGAUCAAUAAAGAGACCUUCCACUGA